AUGGCCGAUAAUUGUGAUUCACAUCCUGAGUCUCGUUCAAAAUGGCCAAGUAGUGCAGAUGAUUAUGACCUGGAAGAAGUGAUUGGCUCAUUGCUAGAUGUUAUACGUUUCACGAUGCAUAAGCAAAAUUGUCGUAAUGGUGUACUAGAUGAAGUUGCCAUUGCUACGGUAUUGAAAGAAGUAUUAAAAGGAUUGGAAUAUUUUCAUACAAACGGACACAUACAUCGGAUGGCUCCCGAAGUGAUGGAACAACAACCGUCUGGUUAUGAUACGAAAGCAGACAUCUGGAGUUUUGGGAUUUUAGCAAUUGAACUAUCAACUGGUACAGCACCAUAUCAUAAGUUUCCUCCAAUGAAAGUGUUGAUAAUGACAUUACAGAAUGACCCGCCAACUUUAGAUAGUUGUGCAGAAGAUCGUGAUCAGUACAAGCAAUAUAGCAAGACAUUCAGGCAUGAUUUUUUCAAAAAAGCGAAAGAUCGGUCUUAUAUAGCAAAAUAUUUGGCAUUGCGUAUCCAAGAUCGAAAAAAAAUGGAAGAAAAAAUAGUUAGCCGACGUAAACCGACAUCGAUAAGAAACAUCCGAAUGAGUGAUAGUGGUGAAUGGAAAUUUGGCAGUGGUUCGGACGAUGAUACUGAUAAUAAUGAUAAUACGACAUCAGCAAAAUACAAUGAAAUGCUGAAAUUACAACAAUUAGAAAAUCAAACAGUGAAAGGAAUGGAAAAUAUAGGAGGUAUGGGCGAUGAAACACAAACAAUUAUACAAAAUUCCAUGGAGAAUAAAAAAAUUAAUUCUGAUGACAAGAGUGAUGAGUUAUUUGUGCAAAAUGAAACAUCAGCUGAAAUUACGAACAGCGGAGUAAAUGAUUCAGAUAAUAAAGUAUUCAAAUUAACGCUACGAAUAAGAAAUCAGCAAGGAGAUUUACACGAUAUCAAAUUUGAAUUUAAUAAAACAAGUGAAAGUGUAGAAGAAGUUGUACAAGAGAUGGUUUCAGCGAGUUUAAUAGACGAACGAGAUUCACAGAACGUUGCUUGCAAUAUGACGCAUUUGAUAGAAAACUGUGCUCUUGGUUCAGCCACAUUUGCUCUUAAGUCCUGCACCGAUUCAAAUCAAACGCCGGAUGAUAAAUUAUUAUACGGUUUUGCUCAAUUAUCUCUGAAUAGGUAA